CGCGUCACUGCUCCGAGGACUCUGGGUACGGCCGCCCGCUCUACAGUCUGCGCGCUUGCGCGAACGCACCGGCGGUCGCCCUUCCCCCACCUGCAGUCGCGAGUGGGUGACAGGGCCCCCUUCUCCACGCGCUUCGUGACCCGGAACCCUGAGUGGAGGCUAAACCUCUCCAGGUGUGCCUUUGUGCUUUGUGCCUUUACCCCAACCACAGAAAAUGAUGAGGUCCCAGGGGUCGGUUUCAUUCACUGAUGUCACUGUGGACUUCACCCAGGAGGAGUGGGAACAGCUGGACCCUUCUCAGAGGAUUCUCUACAUGGAUGUGAUGCUGGAGAACUACAGCAACUUACUUUCAGUGGAAGUGUGGAAGGCCGAUGACCAGGUGGAGAAGGACCCCAGAGACCCAGGUGAGCAGGAGAGGCCACUUAUGACUCUCAAGAACCAACCACCAAUUGAAGAAAGAGGCAGUCUUUUUGAAAAGACUUUAAAUCUGAACACAGACUUUGUUUCGUUAACACAAGUUCCCUAUAAAUAUGAUUUAUAUGAAAAAACUUUGAAACAUAAUUCAGACUUACUUGGUAAUAGAAGCUGUAUAAGAAGGAAGAGUGAGGAGUGCAAUGGAUUUGGGAACCCACUUCUGUAUCUGAAGCAGGAGAAGCCCCAUGCUGGAGUAGAGUACUCAGAAUACAAUGGGAAUGGAAAGUCUCUCAGCCAUAAAGAAGUCAUCUUUAAACACCAGAAAAUUAAGAACUUAGUUCAGCCUUUUGUCUGUAAUUACUGUGACAAGGCCUUCUCCUUCAAGUCGCUCCUCAUUAGCCAUAAGAGGAUACACACAGGAGAAAAACCCUAUGAAUGUAAUGUGUGUAAGAAAACCUUCUCCCAUAAGGCAAACCUCAUCAAACAUCAGAGAAUUCAUACUGGAGAGAAGCCCUUUGAAUGUCCUGAGUGUGGAAAAGCGUUUACCCACCAGUCAAACCUUAUUGUGCACCAGAGAGCACAUAUGGAGAAGAAGCCGUAUGAAUGCAAUGAAUGUGGAAAGACGUUUGCUCAGAAGUUUGAACUCACUACACACCAGAGAAUCCACACAGGAGAGCGACCCUAUGAGUGUAAUGAAUGUGCAAAAACCUUCUUUAAGAAAUCAAACCUCAUUAUACAUCAGAAAAUUCACACAGGGGAAAAACGCUAUGAGUGCAGUGAAUGCGGAAAAUCAUUUAUCCAGAACUCACAACUCAUCAUCCAUAUGAGAACUCAUACUGGGGAAAAACCCUAUGAAUGUACUGAAUGUGGCAAAACUUUCAGCCAGAGAUCAACUCUUAGAUUACAUUUGAGAAUCCACACAGGAGAGAAACCCUAUGAGUGUGCUGAAUGUGGAAAAGCCUUCAGCAGAAAGUCUCGACUCAGUGUCCAUCAGAGAGUUCACACAGGAUAGGUCCUGAGGCUACAAUCAGACUGUACCGUGGAAAAGGGUCAAACCAGAAUUCUUCCAAUGAAGGAGAAGCCUUCAUGAAGAUACCGAAGGAGCUUGGGAAAUUGUUUUGAGAUGCAAGCUAACUAAAAACUUAAGAAAAAAGGAUAGCAUAAGAAUAUCAUACUGAAAGUUAGUAUCCAUAUGUGUGUAUUUCAGUACCUAUAUCUCCAGAUCCAGUUGUAAAUAGACAUACACAGCUAUAUUUCCAUGAGCUUUUUUGACUUUUUGUGCUGCUGGGAUUCAAACCUAGGAUCUUGCUUGUGCUAGGCAAGUUUUUUUUACCACUGAUCUACAUCCCCAGUCCACAGUGACCUUUUUAAAAUCUUGAAUGAAUUGAAUAUUCUAGGAGGAACAAUUAAGCUUAUAUAGACAGUACCUUAGACCUUUGUAUUUAAGGAUAUGCCACAAAACAAAUUGUUUUAAAUCUGUUUAAGUUAAUAGCUACUGGGAAUUUGAAGUGCUCAUCUAUGAAAUUGCAUCACAGCACACAAGGUUUCCCAUACUCAGCAUCACACAUGUGUCUCAGCACCUUUCCAACCCAGUGUGCAUCCAGAGGGGAAUGUGAUGGACCCUAAAGUAGUGUGUGCCUGUCUCCCUCGACAGCCGCUCACGUAAGUCCGUGUGGCCAUUGUCCGUGAGCUGCCUGGUCACUAAAGAAAAAGCAGUACUGUUGGUUCUAACCUGCUCCUGGGUUUGAAGUCUUUCUAAAGCGUUAUUUAUAUAAAUAUGCAAAGGUCUGAGAUGAUUGAGAUCUAAAGAGUGAGAGGCAGCUGUGAACUCUGACUUGGCAUCCAUUGCAGACUAGAGUUGUGCUGUGCAGGGAGUGUCCUCAUAUCAUGCUCUUGUUCUUUCUCCCUGAGACGUUUACACACAAGUGCAUGUCUAUUUCCAGAAUACUGGGUACCCUGGAAAACUAUUUUUGUAUCUCUUGUCUUCCUCUUAAUGCUUUAUGAAUUGUCCUACAAAAAAAAAUAUGGGUAGGGUUCCUGUGUAGCUCACAAAUGUUACAUUUCAGAGACUUUAAAGAAAAAAGAACUGUCCAAAGCUGUGUUUUGUUGCUUUUUAUAGUUCCCAUGUGCAUAAUCCACUUUAGAAGUUGUUUUUGCUGUGUCCUUUAAAGGAGGUAGUUCUGCUUUCUCUUCAUAUAACACUGCCCUUUGGAAUCUGGCUUAGCUUUAACUGUCACCUUGAGUUUUGGUGUUCACAGCACUUUAUAAGUAUCUUAUUUACUUGUCUAUUGCAAUGACAAAACACCAUGACCAAGGAAGCUUAGAAGAAAGCAUUUAGUUUGAGGCUCACAGUUCCAUAGUGUUAGAGUCCCAUCAUAAGAGGAGGAAGUGUGGCAGCAGGCAGGCAGGAUGGAGCAAUGCUUAGAGCUCACAUCUUGAGACACAAGCACAGGAGAGCACGCUAACUAGGAGUGCUGUGGGCUUUGGAGGUCCCCUCCAGUGACACGCUCAUCUUUACCAAAUAGUUCCACCAACUGGAGACCAAAUAGUCAAACCUAUGAACCUGUAGGGGCCAUUCUCAUUCAAACCACCACAGUAAGUGAGACUUCAGUGGUCUCCUUAGGUUGGCAGCUGACGUUUACAAAGUUAGGUUUUUGGGGUUUUUUUUGCCAGGUGUGCUAUAUGCCUUUAAUCCCAAAAUUCAGGAGGCAGAAGCAGGUAGAUCGGAGUUUGAGACCAGUCUGGUCUACAUAUUGAGACCCUGUCUGAAAACAAACUAUGUUUUUAUAUAACUGAAAGAUGAUCAUUUGAAGCUUGAUUUCAAAUCACAAGUUCAGCUUUUUCAUUAUGCAUUAGAAUUAUAAAUGGAAACCACAACUGGAUUUUUAUUUUCAAUAUUUUAUGUGUAUGGGUGUUUUGCCUGUAUGUAUUGUCUGUGCACCAUGUGCACGCAGUGCCUGUGGAGGCCUGAAGAGGGUGUUGGAUCCCCUGGAACUGGAGUUACAGACAGUUGUGAGCCACCCUAUGGGUACUGGGAAUUGAAACCUGGGUCCUCUGGAAGAGCAGCCAGUGCUCUUAACUGCUGAGCUAUCUCUCUAGCCCUUUGGAUUUUUAUUUUUUGAAGAUAGUUGAUUCUGUCUUUUGACAUUAAGAAAUACACACACACACAAUCUCUCUUCAUACCAGGAAAUUCAUUCCUGGCAAUCUGAAGGUUUAAAAAAAUCAUUUAAAAAUGAGUGAAUAAGCCAGGCAUGUUGGCACACUCCUUUAAUCCCAGCACUCAGGAGGCAGAGGCAGGUGGAUCUCUUGUGAGUUUGAGGUCAACCUGGUCUACAAAGAGUUCAGACAGCCAGGGCUGUUACACAGAGAAACCCUGUCUCAAGAGAAAAAUAAAUAAAUUACAGUAAAAAUAUGCUAUGGCUGAAUGAAUUUUUAUUGAAAAGUAUGUAGGAGCAAACUUCCAGAUCAGGUGAGAAACUGAGAAUAUGCCAGUUUGUUUCUGCUUUUUUCAAAUAAAGAUCUAGCAACCUUA